AUGCCGAAAACUAAGCAAGAAACCGAUAUCGACUUGCAGUGCAUACUUUGUCCCAAGGACCCUAAAUUCUCCGAUGUCUCCCAUCUCCUGACCCACAUUUCCUCGAAGGCACACCUUUCCCAUCGAUUCAAGCUUGAGAUUCGUGCUCAGACUGAGCCAGAGAGUAGAGACAAGCUCAAUGACUUCGCCUUCUGGUACAAUCAAAACAACCUCGAUGCCCUGCUGGCUGAAAGGCUUGCUCUCAAGGACAAUAAGAAGAUGAAGAAAGUGAGAGGCUCUGAUCAUUCGGAUAAUUUCACUGCUACCAAGAAGGAGAAAAAAUCCAAAUCAGCAUCUGUCAAAGAAGUUUUGGCCCAUACUCCCGUCUUUCGUGCUCCUGUCCCUCGAAUGCAAGACUGGCCGAGUGAAGAUCGUACAAGAACAUCAGCAAUGGAUGAUGACUGGGAGCCACACACCAUGUACACUACACCUACGGCAAGACGACGGGUUCCAAAUUUCACUCGCCUGGAGACACCAGCCAGCAGCAAGGUUGACCCUAGUCUUACAACUCCAGUCAAGCUUGAUCUCGGAGACCCCGACUACACACAAAACCAGAAGCCAGGCGAGAAGCUCACUGACAGUGCCAAGCUUAAGGGUGUCAUCUGGCCUGGAAUGGAUCUAUUUGAUUCUGCAACUCCAGAGAUGAAGAGAAUGCGGAACCAACGCAAGGAUCAUACCGUUCUCGAGGACAUGAUUGCUACAUCUCUAGCAUCGGAGCCUGCAGAGGUUAGCUUCCAUGCCAAUGGUGACUUUAGAGGUUCUAGAGAUAUCUUUGGUCCUCUUUCUGCUGAGAGCAGUCCGGCUCGAUCUGUUCCCUCACCAAAGAAGAGGAAAGUUCGACAAACUAAUAAAGCUCUCUCCAAUGUCAGUACAAAUGCUCCUCGCAUGAGAGCUUCUCGAGCCAAGAAAGGCGUUGUAGCUGCUCCCAGUCCCCAGAAGAGACAGGCUGCAUCUAUGUCAACUCGUGCUGUGGGCUUGUUUCCAGCUGCACCCCUGCUCAAUCCUCUGGCAAAUAUUGAGAGAAGAUAUGUCCCGACUGCAGAGGAGGACGAAGAGUUCAGAUUGACUGUUGGGGAUAUGACAAAGAAGCGUGGCUUUACCAUUUUCCAAGACAUACCAGAAGUCAGCCCAGGCCGAACUGAAACACCUCUGGAAGAUCAUCGAUUCGAGCUCUUCGGUUCUCAUGGUUUACCUACAUUUCCGAACAAUUCGAUGAACUCGAACCAUACCCUUGCGUCACCUACCCCAGUCCCCAGACCAACAAUGUAUCGCGCCAGUGGCAAGGAGAACGGUCAAGCUGAGAUGCUGACCUACCAUCCAAACCGACGUGCUCUUUCCGAUUCGCAAGUUUACCCACCACAUGCAUACCACGAGGGGGUUUCCAACCCUCUAUUCCAUCAGAACUAUGCCAGAACCUACGGCUAUGGUGGAGGUCCUUUCGGCUACACAGGCUUUGGCGAUGCCAGGUCCCCGAGCGGCUUUGGCUCCAACUUUAUUACCGACUUCAACAGACAACCCAACCCUAUGGCUAAUAUGAGUCAACAACAAAGCCACAGCAUGGGCCCACGCCAUGAUAGCACCACCACCAGUGGCAACAACUUUGGCAUCUAA